AAAGAGAGCAACGCUUCGUCUGUUUUCAUCAAACCUCUUCAGCGCUCUUUUUUCCGUUUCAGUUUAUCUUUUUGAAGAAAGAGAGAAACUUUGUGUGUUUCUAUCUAAUUGUUAAAAAGAUGCAAGUUGUUUCUCCUUUAUCUCCGGCGACGAGAUUCGUCGGAGAAGAGAGCUUCGCCGAGCUUUACGGCAAACUAAACGAUGACUUCAGCUCGAAACUGAAGGUCGGUUUUAAAAAGGAGGAAGAAGAAGAAGAAGAAAAGAACAGAGAUGGCAAUAAUCUUGAGAAGUCUUGGUGGAAUCAAGAUGAUGAUGAGGGCGAAGAAGGAGAAGAUGAAGAGUUCUCGUUCACGAGCGUAAACGCAGAUAACUCACCGAUAACCGCAGACGAAGCUUUCAAAGACGGUCAGAUCCGACCGGUUUAUCCUCUCUUUAACCGGAAUCUGCUCUUCGAACCGGAAGAGAGAUCUCUCCGCUCGCCUCUCAAGAAGCUCUUCGUGGAGAGCGAGGAAGCUGCCGCCACCGAAAGGGAGGAAGAAUCUGAGCCGAUGGGACCGUACUGCUCGUGGUCAGGCAGAACGGUGGUGGAGGAAGCUUCGCCGGAGACUUGUCGGAAAAGCAGUUCGACGGGGUUCUCGAAGCUGUGGAGGUUUAGAGAUCUAGUUUCGAGAAGCAACAGCGACGGAAAAGACGCGUUUGUGUUUCUGAAUCACGGCGACAAGAAGAAGCAGUCUUCUUCUAAGCCGGCGGCUAAAUUGAGCGGCGGCGUGAAGCGAACGGAGAAGGAGAAAGAGACGAAAACGACGAGAUCGGCACAUGAGAGGUUAUACAUGAGGAACAGAGCGAUCAGAGAAGAAGGGAAACGAAGAUCGUAUCUUCCUUACAAACAUGUCGGAUUCUUCACCAAUGUGAAUGGACUUACUAGAAAUGUUCAUCCGUUUUGAUUGACUUCUUGUCUUGUUUUGAAAAUUUAAAAAAAAAAAGGUUUAAUUUGCUUCCGACAAAACUUCGCCUUUUGUAUAUACUUUUUGUCUUUAACUUUUCAUGUAUUAUACAACCUUCUUUUUG